AUGUCAAAUUUUUAUAAUAACAAUCCCAGAAGGAAUACAUUUAGAUUAACAGAAAGAAUAAAAAAGAAACCGUAUCAAACAUUAAUUGUAUUUAUAUUAAUAUUUUUGUUUUUAUAUGUAUUUGGACCAUUUGGUGAAAAGAAAUCAAACAAUAAUAACAAUAAUCAUCCAGUUUCAAAAACUUCUUCAUUUACAGAAUCAUUAUAUACAAAAUUUCAAACUGAAACAUUUGCCUAUAGAGCAAAUGGUGAUUUAAAAAAAUAUGAUAUAUCAAUUAUAACACAAUUUACAGUUGAUAGAUUUGAUAGAAUAGCAAUGAUGGCAGAUAAAUGGAGAGCACCAAUUUCAGCAGCAGUUUAUAUAACGAGUUUUAAGGAUAUUGAUGAAGUAUUUAAAUUGGUUAGAAAUAGUUUUGCAGUUACAGAGUUUGUCGAUUUACAUUUUCUAUUUGCAAAUAAAACCAGAUAUCCAGUUAAUAAUCUUAGAAAUUUAGCAUUAAGAAAUGCUAGAACCGAAUGGUGUUUAUUAUUAGAUGUUGAUUUCAUUUCACCAUUGGGUAUGUAUGAUUAUUUACAUUCAACUUUAGAGAAACUUGAUACAUCAAAUAAUAAUAAUAAUAAUAAUAAUAAUAAUAAUAAUAAUAAUAAUAAUAAUAAUAAUAAUAAUAAUAAUAAUAAUAAUAAUAAUAACAACAACGAAAAUAAUGAUAAUGAUAAUGGUAAUAAUAAUAAUAAUAAUGAUAAUGAAAAGAAUUUUAAAAAGAAACAAGAAGAUUUAAAAAUUGAUCCAAAUGAUUUUGAAGGUGAUUUAAAAGCAAUUGAAAAACUGAAAAGAAAUGGUGAAAAAUUAUAUGUUAAAAAUUUAAAAAAAGUUUUAGAUGGUAGUGAAAAUAAUCUUGGUAAAAAUAUAAAUUUUAAUAAUAAUAAUAAUGAUAAUAAUAAUAAAGAUGAUGGUGGUGGUGGUGGUUACUAUUUAAAUAGUGAUAAUAGUAAUAUAAAUAAUAAUAAUAAGAUUGCAUUUGUAAUACCAUCAUUUUCAAGCUCAAUUUCAAGAUUUGAUUUUCCAGAUAAUAAAAAGGAUUUAUUGGAUUUUAUAAAACAAGAUUUAAUUAAAGAGAUUAAUUCAGGUGUUUGUCCAAAAUGUCAUGGUCCAACAAACUAUAGUAGAUGGUAUUUAUCUUCGGAACCUUAUUUAGUUCAAUAUAAAUGGAUUUAUGAACCUUUUUUACUUUAUAAUAGAUCUCAAAUUCAUGACUAUGAUGAACGUUUAAAAGGUUAUGGUUUUGAUAAAAAUUCUCAUACUUUUGGUAUGGCUGCUGCUGGUUUUGAUUUUGUAGUUUUACCAGAUGCAUGGAUUAUUCAUAUGAAUCAUGUAUCGAAACCAUGGGAAGGAGCUGAUACUUUUAAUGAACAAAUGUUUGAUUGUUUAUCAAUAGUUUGUGAAAGUAUUUUACCAGAUGCAAAGAGUAAAAAUGGAUAUGAUCCAAAUGCAAAAUUAUUUAAUGAACCUUUAAAAAAUAAUGAUAAUUGUUUAACAAGAGAACAUUGGUAA